GGGGCUUGAAAGGUAGGGAGUGGGCAGAUGGCCAGGCAAAGUUGAUCCGAGCCAGGAGGGACUUUGUCUGCGCCCUUUCGCCUCUGAGAACCGCCGAGCGACUUGGACUUGACCCCGCAGCACCCCAAGCGCUCUGAACAGUAUAUCUGCCGCCCUGCGCGGGAGCGCACUUGCAAACUUGCUGGAGGUGCCCCGCGCGUCCUGUUGUGUAACCUCCGCGCCUUCAGCUGGACCGGGAAGUUGCCCGCCGGUCCUCCAGCUUGCUUCAGUCGCAGCCCGGGGCGAAUUUCAUGGCCCGCGACGAACGCGCGGCCAAAGCCGGCGUGGGCGAGCCCCCUCGCGCUCCGACCCGUGGGGAGCUCUCGCGCGCGGUCCCUUCCCGUGGCCCGCGCCUCGGAUGCGCUCAGAGCCUCCCGUCGCUGUCGCUCGCUCACCAGGGUCUGCGUUUCCGAGUUGCUGCCUGAGUUGGAAAGAAGAGGAUGACCGAGGUGCCUUGGCUAGCUGUCCCCAAUGGGACAGAUGCAGUCUUCCUGACUGGUCUGGGCUCGCCUUGGGGAAACAGUACAGUCGCUGCCACUUCAAUAUUCCGAUGUUCCCUGAUCAAGACAGGUUUCCAAUUUUACUACCUGCCGGGGGUCUACAUCUUAGUGUUCAUCAUCGGCUUCCUUGGCAACAGCGUGGCUAUCUGGAUGUUCGUUUUCCACAUGAAGCCUUGGAGCGGCAUCUCCGUGUAUAUGUUCAACUUGGCCCUGGCUGACUUUUUGUAUGUGCUCACCCUGCCAGCCCUCAUCUUUUACUACUUCAACAAGACUGACUGGAUCUUCGGGGAUGCUAUGUGCAAGCUGCAGAGAUUCAUCUUCCAUGUAAACCUCUAUGGCAGCAUUUUGUUCCUCACCUGCAUCAGCGCACACAGGUACAGCGGCGUGGUGUACCCACUCAAGUCACUGGGCAGGCUCAAGAAGAAGAAUGCCAUUUAUGUCAGCUUACUGGUGUGGCUCAUUGUGGUGGCGGCCAUCUCCCCCAUUCUCUUCUACUCUGGCACUGGGAUUCGGAAAAAUAAAACCAUCACCUGCUACGAUACCACCUCCGAUGAGUACCUGCGCAGUUACUUCAUUUACAGUAUGUGCACAACGGUGGCCAUGUUCUGCAUCCCCUUGGUGCUGAUCUUGGGCUGUUAUGGAUUAAUUGUUAGAGCUUUGAUUUACAAAGACUUGGACAACUCUCCUCUCAGAAGGAAAUCCAUUUACCUGGUGAUAAUUGUCCUGACUGUGUUUGCUGUGUCUUACAUCCCUUUCCACGUGAUGAAAACGAUGAAUUUGCGGGCACGGCUGGAUUUCCAGACCCCAGAAAUGUGUGAUUUCAACGACAGGGUUUAUGCCACUUACCAGGUGACAAGGGGUCUAGCAAGUCUCAACAGCUGCGUGGACCCCAUUCUUUAUUUCUUGGCUGGAGAUACUUUCCGAAGGAGACUGUCCCGGGCCACCAGGAAAGCUUCCAGGAGGAGUGAGGCCAAUUUGCAAUCCAAGAGUGAAGAAAUGACUCUCAAUAUUUUAUCUGAGUUCAAGCAGAGUGGAGACACAAGUCUGUGAAGGCACAAGACCCAGACUCCCCAGUUUUGUAACCUGGUAGGCUGCUCAUAGAACCAGAUGCUUUUCUCCUAUUGAUGUGAGAGAAUGCUUCAAGCAGGGCAAGCAGUGAGUUUAAUGAAAGAAGCACCAAUCUGACGCCCAAAGCCACCUUUCUCUUCCUUUCCUGUAAGCGCCUUUCUUAUUAACAAGAUGUAUGUGUGAUAAGACAGUACUACUAGGUAAACACACACACUCCCUCUCCUUCCAUUUAAAUCCACGGGCUUUUCUAGUCACAAGAUGUGUGCAUGUGUAGCAGAGCAAUUUUGAUAUUAAAAUUUUCUCUAAGAAAACUGGCCUCUGUUGCUGUGAAUAACUCUGGGCACAAACAAAUUGAAAUCUAUACUUUCAAAGAUUGUUUGGCACAGUAUAAUGACGUGCUGGCCAGUCCACUCAGUAAUGAGCAGACAGAUGCCCGAGGUGCAUGACUCUCCAUCCCUCAUAGGCAGAGAUGGAGGCAGAUAAUGUCUUCGGGGAAUUGAAUAGAAAAAUGAAAUCAGUGAACUUUUGUGUGAGGAAAAUGAGCAUUUCCAGCUAUUUCUGGAAAAUUGAUUAGUGAGCAUUUCUUGUUUAAUGUUAGAUGGUGGGAGGCUGCAGAUAUUAUAUCAUUGGCAAAAUGCAUUCAAAAUAACUGAAGCGCAUGUGUUUUUCUUACAGAUAUUGUGGACUGUUAGGCUUCCUGGGAUUAAAAAAAGAAAAAAAAGUUCUCACUUGCAUCACUGCUGUGCAGUGUCUUAGGACUUUGUGGUCCAAGACAACUGUUCACUCACAUCUGUGAAAACACUUCUGAAAAAUUACAGUUAAAUUUUAGACUAAAGGCUGGGUGAAACAGCAGAACUGUUGGGAGAAGAGGGAUGCGGGGCAGGACUGUCAGUGUUUCAGAGGGUCAUGGCUGACAGCCAUUCACACUGCAUCUGGGGUGAGGAGAAGCGCUGGGGAAGAAAGAUGUCAAACUAAAAUAACAGUGGGAACAUUCUUUCUCUUUCUUCGAAGUUCUUUAAAACAUUUUAAGUGCAGAAUGAAAGGGGGAAAUAAGGAAGCCACUUAGGUAUGCCCAGAGCAGGGAAAGCUGUAAUCUUUUAACGAUUUGUAAUCUUUUGAUGACUUUUUAAAUGAAAAACAUUUGCAAAGAUAUAUAAAGGAAAUUAACUUUAAAGUACUUGAGGUAUGAAACAGCUGAAGAGUAGGGCAUUGAAAAUAUUCAUCAAGCCAUUCAUAGUUAGGGGAUAGCAGUAUUUUCUACUCUUGUCUGCUAGAGUGAAAUAUUCAUAAAGUAUAUUGAAUUUUUAAAGUAAAUUUCAAUGAAUAACAAAUCACUACAUGUAUAGCCUUUGAAAUGGUAGAAAUUUAAUUUAAUUAAAAUAAUGAGAAAAUAAAGUAGUUACACAUAAAUAAAUAAAUGUGAUGUGUAAGGAAUUUUAGCUGUGAAAGCUAAUCCUUAUGCAGCCAUCUGCUGAGUUAAGUGAUGGUUGAAACUGCUUUUAAAGUAUU